AUGAGAGGAUACACUCAGUUUAUUACCUCCUUAUCCAAAUUCAAAUUAACAAAGCCAGAGGACUUAGUUACGAGAGAUACUGUCUCUUUCGUGCUGUCUCCAUAUGGUUUUACAGCGAAUAGAACUCUCAUUUUGGCAUCUUAUAUUCCACAACUCCUUAAAGUUAUUCAAGAUCACAUUCCAUAUACACCAUCUGGUGGCCAGCCUAUUAUUUAUUCGAGUUAUCAAAAAAUCCAAGCUCUUUGGGGAGUAUUACUUCAAUAUGCCGAAAAGGUCGAGCCGAAGUUACCACAAGCAAAUAAGAUCAUCAAAGGUAUUAAUGAAGCAAAAGAUUAUUUCUUAACUCUCGAAAAGACAAUGGUAACCCUUGGAGGAAGCUCUGCCCCAUCCGUUGCUCAGAUUCUUCAGGACGUUCAGAAAUCUGUCAGCUGGGUUGAGAAUCAUGCAAACGCCAUCGUUCAGAAUCUUACAAUUUACGAGCAACAACAAGCUCCAAAAGCACCAAAACUCGAUAAUUCCAAACUCGAACUUUACCACGCUUUAGCUGCUUUUUAUGUCGCUUUCGACCAGCUUGCUGUUAACCUCAUUUUCUUAUCUACCGUAGAAAAUAUCAAAGCCCAGGCCGACGCUUUUAUGAAAUGGGGUCAACAAGUCUUCAACGUUUGCGGCACAAUCGCCGAGCAUUCAUCCGAUAUGGCAAAGGUUACCGCCGAUAUCACACAAAUCCUCGGAACCUUCAUUUUCCCACUUUAUAAAUUUGUUGCUGCUUUCCAACAACCAUUGAACAACACCGUCGAGUUCACAGACAUCACAAAGGCAAUUGUAUCAUUCGCACAAACUCUCAACUUAUUUGUCGUUAAGCUUAAGCUUAAAGAACUUACAGAUGUAAUUAAGAACUUUACCGGAGCGUUCCUUCAGAACAAGUCGCUCGAAGAAAUGCUUAAGCAGUCAAGUCUCCUUGCCCAGUUCUUCGCUCCAUUCGGUUACGGUCAGAAUAUGGAUGUUGUCACAUCACUUAUCGCAAUGACAAGUAUUUGUGCCUCGAAUCCAGAAAUGACUGCCCAGGUUAUUGCUUCUAUUGCAAGAUUCGCAAGCUACGUCUUCCCAUCCCUUACAGAAGCUGAAGAUCUUCUUAAUACUCUUGCCCUCAAGAUUACAGACAUCACAAAGUCCAUAUUCACAGAGUCACGUCAAGCAAUGCUUCAACUCAUCAACAUUAUCGAUGCAAACCUUGAAUACUUCAACGAUGAAUACCUUGGCGAGAUUAAUUACGUUCUUCAGACAUCGAAGACCAUUUUGGACUUCAUUCCAACCGAUCCAAACUUCGUUAACCAGCAGCAGCUCUUCUUCGAUGCGCUUGGUUCCCUUCCAUCUCCAUUAUCAAAACUUGCAUCAACAUGCACUGAACCAGACAUCAAAGUCCAGAUGCAGCAACACUGCGAGAAGCUCACCCAUGCAGGUAACAGAUACGCCAACUGGUUACUCCAGUUCUAUCUUACCACAUCUGCAACAGUUCACUUAAGAGCGGACACUGUCCAAGGAAUUUUGUCCUUCCCGAUGGGUAUUUUCCAGACAAUGUCAAUGCAGCAGUACAUUGCCAGCACAACAGAAGCUGUCAAGACAAUCCAGACAAUCAUGGGCUCUGCUCCUGUUCUUCAGUCAUUUGAAGCUGAUGGAAUUGUCAAAUUAAUCAACCAAUUGAACAAUUUCGCACAGCCAGGACAGCAGUUCAUUGAUCUCUCCAACAGAAACGCUGAAUCCCCAUCAUUCCCACUCUUCAAGAUCGCUUCAACAGCUCUUGCAAAGGCAAACACAAGAUUACCAUCAAUGGCCAGCCAAUUAGCAUCAUUGAUGAACUUUGCCAAUGCAGAAGCUUUUGUCUGCUCGAUCAUUUCAUUCACAACACGUGCAAUUGCUUUGUCACAGUCUGUUCAACAACUUGUCGACAGAGCUGAUGUCACAGCACUCUAUUUCAUGUCUAUUCCAUUCACAAUGGCUUUGUUAGUUGACUCCUUCCAGCAGAAGCAGCAACCACUCGCUGAACCACUCACAGGAUCAAUUAACUUUCUCAAGUCAACGACAGAAGUUAUUUGGCCACUUGUCAAAUCCAUUGCAUCAGGCGAAGACAACAAGGAUAGAGUGAACCUUCCAACAUUCUUCCAGAAAUUCAUCACAAAUCUCAAUGAUUUGCUCGCAUCAAUUGCACAGUUGCCACAGCCAGUUCUCGCUUACAAGAUCCCAGCAGACAUACAGGAGAUCAAGAAGUUCGAUGCCAUGGCUGAUAACAUCCACUCAACACUCGUCAAAUCAUUCGCUAAGUACAUCAUCAGAAGACUUAAACGCUCAAAGUCUUCUGAUGCAAGAUCUGUUUUGAUGCAGUGGUUCGAUGCAACACAGGUACAGACAGUCGAAGUCGCAGAUGGCCUCAAGAAGAUGAACAACGCCAUCAUGAAACUCAUCACUUCAGCGACAACAGACAGAUCUGCAUUCCUCGAAGCAUUCACAUCUCUCUCUGUUUCCCUCGCAGCCACAGAGAACUCUUACGGUAAGACAGUUUCUCCACACAUCCAGAAACUCCACAAGGAACUCGUUGAUCUAAUCAUAGAACUCCUCGAGAACGCAAGAGGCACUGCACAAGCACAGUACAUGAAGAUCAUCGCCUGUGCAACACAGAUCAGAGCUUUGGCACCAAUUUCCAAACUGAAGCAGAAGGAAAUCGAGAAGUACUCUGCAACAAUCAUCCAACAGGUAAUCAACGCAUUGAACGUCCUCAGAAUGAAAGGAAAGGAUGCAACACUCCAAGAUUCAAUUGCUGCUGUCGAAGCACUCUCUGAAUUCGCUGCUUUGUCAUUGGUUGCACCACAAGAUAUCGAUGCUUCCAGCUUAUUGAAGUCAAUCACACAGUCAAAGAGUGACCAUACAUUGGUAUCGUUCAUCCAGAAGUUCUCUGAGAAACUCGCACACUUAGAACCAUCAAUGUUCUACCAGUUGGAAGGAAUCAGAGACUCCGAUACUGUCUGCGAUUUCGUUUACGACAAGGCUGAGUUGUUCCGCGAUGAAGUCAACCUUUUGUUGACAUUCGCAAAGACUCCAAAGGCUGAUCAGCUCCCACAAGUUUAUGUAUCUCUCAAGAAGAUGUUGGUUUGUGCAGCAGAUGCAACAGUCCUUACAAUGCACUCCCUCAUGUUGGGUGGCCUCGCUUUCACACCUUUGUCUCGUGUUUUGGUUGAGUGUUUCGCUGAAUUGAUGACAAUAUUCGUAGAGUUUGUUGUUUUGGCUGAGAAGAUCCCGACAUCAAAGACAGAUCUUUCUGCAGACAUCAGACGUCUCAACCGUAAGAUGUCAAAGCAGUUCGAUACUUUGAUCAACAUUGUCGAAUCUCCACAGAGACCAACAGGCGAAAUCAACGAAUUCGACCAGACACGUAACCAAAUGUACGCUGACUUGUCAACAGCAGCCAUCCAAUUGGCCAGACUUGCUGCUCUCUCAGCCAACGCUUUGGUUCCUGAAAUGUGGGUCGGAACACGUGGUGAAAUCGUCGACACAUUGAAUGCCGCUAUUUCCCAGUUGACAGCAUCUGUUUCUGCCGUCAGAGGCAAGGCUGUCGGUGCAUCCAGCACAGAGUUAGGUACACAGUUCUCCGCAUUGACAAAGGGAAUUCCAGAUAUCCAGAAGGCAUCAGAGACACUCAAUUUCGUUUCUCCAUUUGCUUCAAACAAACUCUUCCCAUCAUUGAAGAACAUCUCAACAACACUUUUGGGAAUCACAAAGAUCUCUCCAUUCCUCACAGACAGGAUCAUCAUCGAACCAGAUCCAGCAUCAGCCGCCAAAGUCCCAGAGAAGUACGAGUUGCCACCACUCCCAGACAAAGCGAUCUCUCCAACAGACGCUCUCGAUGAAAUGGAUCUCGCAAAGAGACAGCUCGAACAAGGCAUCACUGAGUUCAAGAAGGUCACUGAUGCCAACCUUACUCCAUCUGGUGAACUUCUCCACGCUUUGUUGACACUCACAAAGCUCGCAAACUCAUUCGCGGAGAAGGCAUUAGGUAUGGCAAGAGCAACAGCAGAUACAAGAUCACAGGUCGAACAGCAGGCCACAUUGCACGGCUUCUCUAAUGCUAUCACUGCAUUACAGAACGCAAUGAGAUCUAGAUUGCUCAGAGCACCUAACUUCGAGAGAGAAAUGGAAGACGCAAUCAACUCAUUGAGAAACUCAUCAGAUUCAUCAAUGAGAGUCGCCGUCGAUGCAUCAAAGAUCGAAGUCAACGCUGCUCCAGAAGACGAGUCAAUGGAUGAAGUUACAAGAGAACUCGCUGCUACAUCAAAGGCUAUCGAAGACAUGACAUCAAGACUUUCCCAGUUCGCUCAACAAGUCGAUGUCGUUCAGCCAGUUGAUGAAACACACGAAAUCCCAGACAUCCAGGCAGCUGCAGGCACUCUUCCAGCAUUCCUUGUCGCUUCUGCACAGCCAAUCUUCCAGGCUACAGCAAAGAUCCUCGUCCGUGCAAGAGAAAUCACUGCACAGCUCAUCGCCAAGUUCGGAAAGAUCGAUAACGAAGCAGGUAUGAUCAAGGUCGCUCAGGAUUUGACAGAGGCUGCUGAGUUGCUUAUCAUUUGCGCAGAAAUUCUCGUCAACGGUGGCGAAGAAGACGCAGAAUUCAAGGUCAUCGCUGCAGCAAGAAUCAUCAAGGGUGCUGUCGCUUCCCUCGUCGCACAAGUUCUCGUUAAGGGUGGUGAUGCAGAAGGUAUCAUGUCCAUGCAGGUUAAGAUUGUCGCGAGACACACAGACGCCAUCAUCGCAAUGGCUGAAAAGAUCGUCACAGAGAAGCUGAACGAGGCAGACGCAAAGGCUCCAAAGAAGGCUGUAAAGAACCCGAUGAUUCAGAAGCUCAACAUGCAACAGACAGUCAACCAACAGCGCAAGGUUCUCCAGGAAGAAGAAAAGAACUUGUACACAUUCCGUCGCCGUGGAAACAAGUAA